UCUUUCCAAAGGCAUUUGAUAGAGGAUAAAAAAAUAUCAGAAAAAAAAUGUUAAAGUUGAAAACAAUUCCAGUGACUCGACAAAAAUGACUACCCCUGUUUGGCUUACACAAAACUACAUGGAGGAAGUUCUUAAACUUCAUCAUAAAGAUGCAGCAUUAAAAAUUCAAAACAUCACCAUAAAACCUGCCCUGGCCAAAGGGGAAAACUAUGGUGGAGUUUUAACCAAAGUGAAGGUAGCCUAUUGUUGGGGACACGAAGGCUCCAUUACUACAGAGAAAUCUUUGCUUGUUAAAAGCUGUUAUGAAGAGGAUAAAAUUGCAUUGGAGAAAAUGCAACCUUAUGACAUUUUCAAUCGAGAAAUGACCAUUUAUGACCAAGUGCUGCCUAAGCUGAAUCAACUGCUCCAAGAAGUCAACGAUACGGAUAAACUGUUUGCCACUGCCUUGUAUACAGACUACAAACGUCAAGCUUUAGUUUUCGAAGAUCUCUCGGUACAAGGCUAUGUCAUGGCUGAUCGUAUAGAACGUUUGGAUAAGGAUCACAUGCUACUGAUCUUGAGGAAAUUGGCCAAAAUGCAUGCCACCUCGGCUGUUUUGAAUCAGCGUGAAAAAGGUUGUUUGCAAGGCUAUGAUCGUGGAUUUUUCAAUAAACACACCGACACCUAUAAAACCUAUUUUGUGGAUACCUUUAUGGCUUGUGCCAGGUAUUUGCAAAAACAGCCUGAAUUGGAGUGUUAUGCUCGAAAAAUCUUCACCAUGGAACCCUAUUAUAUGGAAAUAGGUUUGCGCUGUUUUCAGCCCAUUGAGGGUCAGGUCAAUGUUUUGGCCCAUGGCGAUGUUUGGACCAAUAAUGUCAUGUUCAAAUAUGACGAAGAAACUAAACGGCCACUGGAUGUCAUACUCAUUGAUUUUCAAUAUUCCUUUUGGGGUUCCCCCAGCUUGGAUUUGCAUCAUUGUUUUAACACUUCACUCAGGGAGCCUUUGAGAAGACAAGGACAGGAGGAACUGACACAGUUCUAUCAUCAUUGGUUUACCACCACUUUGAGGAAGCUUAAAUACUCUGAUAACAUCAUUCCCAGUUUGAAAGCCUUUAACAUACAAAUGGAGCAAAAAAGAUUUUUUGCUUUACACUCUGCCUUAAUAAUACAAGCCGUUAUGUUGAAUCAAGAUGCCACAGAUGCCGAUUUCAACGCCCUUAUGGGGUUGGAUGAAAGAUCAAGAAAUUUCAAAAAUCGUUUAUACAACAAUAAUCCUGUUAUACAAGAGAAUUUAAAGUUUUUGUUACCGUACUUUGACCAUAAAGGUCUUUUGGAAGUAGAUCAAUAAAAAGUGUCCAGGAAUCUA